AUGGAUUUCCUACUAAGCGCCGUGACAAAGUGUCUCCCAUGUUUUCCUGACCUUCUGCACCCAUCAAUAACUGUCAACAACACCCGCUACAAAAUCAUACGUCUUCUCGGAGAAGGUGGCUUCUCAUACGUAUACUUGGUGUCCCAAAGUAGCAACUCCAAUGUUCUUUACGCCAUGAAGAAGAUGCGGUGUCCGUACGGCAGCAAUGAUGCAUCGUUCACCAAUGCCAUGCGCGAAAUCAAGAGCUAUCACCGAUUUGCUGAGGUGAAAACACCUUACAUUAUCCAUACUAUAGACGAGGCAGUGGUUACUGAGAGUGACGGAUCCAGAACGUUUUAUGUGCUCUUGCCAUACUUUGAGAAGUCUUUGCAAGACAUAAUCAACUACAAUGUUCUCAAUAAUAUCACCAUGGAUGAAGAAGAGGUGCUCAAGAUCUUCAUAGGUGUGCUGAAGGGUCUCCAAGCCAUGCACAAGUAUAAGUCGAUAGGUGAAGAAGAAGAGAACGACGAAAAUGACCCCAUGCUUCCGCCUGAUGAGGAUGCAAGUAUCUCUAACGCCUAUGAGACCGAGCUUCUGGAGCUCUGUCCGUAUGCACAUAGAGACAUCAAGCCAGCUAACGUGAUGCUCUCAGCUGAGGGACUUCCAGUGCUUGUCGACUUGGGAUCGUGCUCCAAAGCACGUGUUCAGGUCAGAACACGCCAGCAGGCACUUACUUUGACGGACUUUGCCCAGGAGCAUUGUACACUUCCGUAUCGGGCGCCAGAACUCUUGGAUGUAGCCACCAAUGCUGAUAUUACUGAGCUGACUGAUAUCUGGUCUCUUGGGUGUCUUCUUUAUUGCUGCUGCUUUGGGUUCUCGCCGUUUGAGAAAUUGGAGAUCGACCAGGGUGCCAACUUAAAUUUGGCCAUUUCUCAGGCAAAGUAUGAAAUUCCCUCUGAUACUAAGGGCUUUUCACCAGAACUUAUGGAUGUUAUCAGACUGUGCUUGGUGCUCGACUCUACACAGAGACCUACGAUUGAUGAAGUCUUGGAGACUGCACUCGGCUUGUUACAGCGGAUAUAA